AUGACCGCCCUCUUCAACUUCCAGUCUCUCCUCCUCGUCAUCCUCCUGCUCGUCUGCACAUGCGCAUACAUCCACCAGCUCAUACCCGCCAUGAUGGACCGAAACAAGGACGGCUUCAUGGGCAUCUUUUGGAAAUUCGCCAGGGUAGGCGAGCGUUUAAGUCCGUACAUCAGCUUAUGCUGCGUCGUCAUGGCGGUCUCCAUGCUCAUCAACUAA